GUCACUUUAAAACAGAUUAUAUUUACAAAUAUUAAAAAAUUCUAAACAAAUCAUUAAUUAUUUUCGUAAUGGUGCUUGGUACGAGUCUUCUCGGCGAAGUUUCAGUUUCCCGGGCCUUUUGUACUUGCAGAUCUAAUUUUGAUCGUUUAUUGCAUGAGAGAUUCACUCUGAGAUAACUCUCACACUCUUAUAUGUCUUCAUAUCUCUUUGAUUUGUGUUACAUGUUGUGCUUAUCUUACUAAUAAUUGUUUAAUUUGUUGACUGAGGAAUGCAGACAAACUGUUUGAUGAAAUGCGUAUGAGACGAGAUUGUGAGACACAUCAAACCAAUUAACAAGACUGCGGUUUGAAGGUGAUACUGAAGUUGCUGUGAAGAUGCUCCCUCCAUCAUCAACUCAGGGCUACAAAGAAUUCCAAACUGAGGCCAGCUUUCUGAUGAGUGUUCACCACAAGAACUUAAGUUCUUUAGUUGGUUACUGCAAUGAGGAUGUGAACAUGGGAAUCAUUUAUAAGUAUAUGACUAAUCGUUUAUAAGUAUAUGACUAAUCGGGACUUAAAUAGGAUCUCUUAGCACAAGUAAAUGAUGUCUCCAUAAAGUUGUUAGAGUUACAUUUUUCUGUAUGACAAAGAAAAUAGAAGGUCUUUUCUUCACUGUCCAGUUAAAUGGAACAACAGGUUCAAAAUUGUUGUUACAGUUUCAGAUCUAAACAAUUGAAAUACAAAUUGUGUUGGAUGAUAAGGAGAUUCAUACUAUCACUGGAAAAAGAGCACAACUACUUGCCGAGCAUUCUGUUUCUCGGAAGUUUCCACAAUGCUUCCAGCUUAUGCCUCUCAAGCCAUAUACCAUCAAACUGGAACUACAUGAAGGCAACAUCAUGAGGAAAAGUAUCGUGUACUUUGCAACAAAUAUUUGUCAUGGUUUUAAGUUGGAGGAAGAAAAACCAGCAGUCGAGCAGACAACAACCAGUACUGAACUUCAGGCUACGUCUUCGACUACUCAAAUACCAGGACUUUCCGACCUCAACUGCGACAAAAGAUUGAAAAGCAACAACGGCCAUUCCACCUUCGAGAUGUUUUCGUCAGCUUCAUUUUGGUCAAUAGACCCCUUUUGUAAUGGUCAUUAUUUACUUUUCAGUGAAAUAACAGGUUGAUUAUCAACUCUGUUGCAAUCAAAACUGUAACAUUUUGCUAAUCACUCGGAUUUGUGGAAUCAAAUAUGAUUUCUAUGCUAUAUUGAAGUUCCGUUGUAGAAUUAUUUUUAUCAUGAAAUAGCCCAGCAACGCGGGCAUAAAUACUAGUCUAUAUAUGAUGUUGUCGCAAAACUACAACAUAACCCCACAAGUUUGCAACAAAGCAUAAAAUAUUCUGAGCCUUCUCUGGUUGUGUUCUUGUCUUGCAAGAGCAUCAUUCUGCUUUUUACAUUUGGGCUUCCCUUUUUAUGUUGUUGAGUAGGGAGUGUGGGCAUGGGAAGAGCACCUUGCUGCGAUAAAUCCAAGGUUAAGAAAGGAGCAUGGUCUCCUGAAGAAGACUUCACUCUCAAGAACUAUCUUCAGACUCAUGGCUCUGCUGGCAAUUGGAUUACUCUUCCUCUCAAAGCAGGGCUAAAACGAUGCGGAAAGAGCUGCCGUCUGAGAUGGCUUAAUUAUUUAAGACCAGACAUUAAACAUGGACCUUUUACAAAAGAAGAAGACUCCAUUAUCUUAAAUCUCUAUAAUAAAUUAGGAAGCAGAUGGUCAGUUAUAGCCUCACAUUUAGAAGGAAGAACUGAUAAUGAUGUGAAGAACUACUGGAACACUAAAAUGAGGAAGAAGCUUCUGGCAGCAAAGGCUGGGAUGAAUACCGAAGAUAACGCCAGUACUAAUCUUCUGUAUGAAAAUGCUUAUGGUGGAUACAUGGAAUUUAUCACUAAUUCUGAAUUCUCUGGUUGUCCGGAAACUAAGGUUCAAGAUUAUGAGAUCGAUACUUUGUCGAGUUUUCGAGAUAAUGCCAAUGCUGGUGCUUCAUGGGCUGAAAAUGGAGGUGGUGGUGAUCAUAAUGAGUUGCUAUUCGGUUCGGGUUCGGGAUUAUCUUUAUCUUGCCCGGCCGCUGGUGAUGAUCUCCUGGAUGGUUUCGAUUUUCUCGAAGAAAUUAUGAAGUCUUCCGAUGAAAUGGAAUCUACUCUAGGCCAUGCGAGAUGAUCGGGACAUUAGUUAUGUAAAGAAACUGAUUAAAGUAAGUACUUCCUGGUCCUUAUAAUUUAUAAUUAUAAAGCAUCAAGACUUUUUGCACACAAUUUUAAGUUUUUAAAUUUUUCUUUUUCUGAAUUAAAAUAUGUGAUAUAUAUUUUAAUUCAGAAAAAGAAAAUUUAAAAAAAAAAUAAUUUUAAGUUGGUGGUCAAAACACAUAGAAUUGUAUGCAAAAAGUCUUGAUGUCUUAUAAUAAGGACUAUAGGGAGUAAUAUAUUUGAAGUAUGGUUUUUCUAGUAUGUGUCUGUGAGCACAUACUAAGCAUUAAAAUUUAUGAGUUUGGAGGGUUUUGAUUGGCUUAUCCUCUCUAAUAAUAAUGGAGUCUCUGCAUUUACAACAACUAUAUCAAUCAAAACUCUCCAAAUUUAUGAAUUUUAGUACUUAGCAUGUGCCAAUGAACACUCGCCGGACAAAUCCUUUGAAAGUAAACAAGAUUAGGCAGAAAUUGAAAAAAAAGGAGGGAGAGGUGGGAGCAUUGACGAAGGGUGGUGGAAAAUGUUGAAUGAGAGACAUUAAUGUUGUUGAACACGAGAGAAGAGAGGGGAGAGUGGAUAAGUCAAUAAAAGUUUGGUAGUUUUGGAUCUGACUCAAUGGCCUGGCGUGGGCAGGACAGACAGACAGUCCUCACAAAACUUGCAUGCAUAGGUGCAUUAUUCAAAGCUGCUCACUAAUGUUGCGUGCAUAAUUUAUGUCAUGUUUAUCCUUCUUUACACUUUCUUGCUUUUUCACUGUUGCUUGUCUACUUCCUCGUUGAGUCGCGAAUUUUGUUAUCUCGAAUAUGAUCGUUUGUACGAAUAUGUUUAUCCUUCUUUACACUU